ACCGCCGCCGCCGCUCUCCCACUCCUCCGGCCGCCCCGCACCAAGCACCACUCCACGCCCGUCCUGUUCCUCUUAGGCCGCCCAUUACCACAAAUAUCCCAAUGGCAGACCAGGAGAUGGAACAGCAGGACUUCACCGAGGAUUACAGCGGUGGGGACUUCCAGGAGAAUGGCGCAGGAGUGACGGAGAACCAGGAGCAGGGCGGCGAAAGCCACAGCAACGCGGUGCAGGACAGUGGCGCCGCCGACGCUCCCGGCCGGGAUGACGAUAGAAAACUUUUUGUUGGUGGCCUGAGCUGGGAAACCACAGAAAAGGAACUCCGUGAACAUUUCAGCAAGUAUGGUGAUAUUGAGAGCAUCAAUGUCAAAACAGAUCCCAACACAGGCCGGUCCAGAGGAUUUGCCUUCAUUGUAUUCAGUUUAGGAGAGGCGGUAGACAAGGUUAUUGAAGCUGGUGACCACGUCAUAAAUGGCAAGAAGGUGGAUCCAAAGAAAGCCAAGGCUCGCCAUGGAAAGAUCUUUGUUGGUGGCCUCAAACCUGAGCUCUCUGAUGAUGAUAUUAAAAAAUUCUUUGGGACGUUUGGUAACAUCAUUGAGGUAGAGAUGCCAUUUGACAAGCAAAAGAACCAGAGGAAAGGUUUCUGCUUCAUCACCUUUGAUCAGGAGGCUGUUGUGACAGAUCUCUUGAAGACCCCCAAACAGAACAUCAAUGGACACGAAGUAGAUGUGAAGAAGGCGACGCCCAAGCCAGACUCCAUGAUGAGGGGUGGCAUGCGGGGCGGCAUGAGAGGCCGGGGAGGCAUGAGGGGGCGGGGCAGAGGAUGGGGACAUGGCUGGAACCAGGGAGGUUAUGGAGGCUACAAUCAAGGGGGUUAUGGGGGCUAUGGGGGAUAUGGGGGGUAUGACUAUGGCGGUUAUGGGGGUUACAGUGGCUACGGUGACUAUGGCUAUGGGGGUUAUGGCUAUAAUGACUACUCUUAUGGAUCAGGCAACUAUGGCUAUUACCAGGCGGGCAAGGGUACGGCGGGGGGAAGAGCCAACACGGUCGGCAGCAGGCGCGGCACCAGCCGUACUGAUUGGCGCGAGCAAGGGCACAACUACACCACCAACUGGGAUAAUGGAGACACAUACUAGCACCCUCACUCCCCCAGUCUUCAACUGGUCUGACAGCGUGGUACCAACCGUUGCUGACAAAAACAAGACAAAACUGAAAUUGACUGGCAUGCUGGACCAGAUUGAAGAUUUUUGUAGACAAUGGAAUACUGAGCCAGUCUUGCAGCACGGCAAACUUCCCAGGAACCGAAGGCUUUGUUCUGCCGGAAUGAAUUUAUCCUGGGCUCUAGAUGGCCACAGGGUUGUUCCAGCGGGUCAUGGAGCCUUCAUCGUUAUAGAUGCGUUGGCUUUUUAUGUGGGACUGGUGUGACCUAGUGUGUGUGCCUACUGUGGUGGAGAUCACAAAUUAGUAUUGUGAACUUUUUUUCUGUGGCUUACAGGCAGUUCCCUUCGGAGGGUAUAAAUCUGUCAAAGUAUUGAAACCAGAACUACCCUAAGGUUUUAUUUAGUCAUUCUCGGAAUAAGUUUCAAUUUUUAUCGAACACAUGGCAGCCUGCCUCCUAAAUUUUCAGAGACUCUGGAAAUUAUGAAAUUUGUAUUAUUUUUUGUACUGAUAACCAAUACACAUAGUAGGUAUAUCAGGUGUUUCUUUCCACCCAAGUUUGACUAGUGUGUGAGGAAGGAGCAUCAGAGUCGUGUUGCUGUUAUACUUGUCAGAUGUACAAAAUGAAUUACUUUAGUCAGGUAACUAAUACGUGCACUGUUACGAGUAUUUAGUAUAUUUUGGAACCCCUUCCAGUAUUAAUAAACUGUCAAUUUUGA